ACACGCGCUUUGAGGUUGAAACGAUAUCGCGGUGCUCAGCUACUAAGUGCCCUGCUUUGCCAAAGUAUCCGUCAGGUGAAGGUAGAGGACCAUGGAAUGCCAAAGGUGAGCCCAACUAGACAAAGUUUUUGUUUAUCAUCAAAAUCAAACAAGGAAAAAGUAUAAAAUAAGGUUUGAUUUUUACUUGUAUUUGUGCUACAAAAACUAGGGUAGACUUGUGGGUGUAUGUGUGUGUGUGUGAAUGUGUAUGUGUUGCAUAACAGCACUCAGCUGAUGUGGUAUCAUGAAAUAAGUUCUUAUCAGAAGGGAAUAAGGAGAUAAACAUCUCAAUCAAUUAUAUCAUGUAACAAUGAUGCAAGUGAAUUCUUCAUGUUAUGUUUGUCUGAUGGACUUUUAGACAAGCCAUUAUAUAUUUCAAGGUCAGUCACUAUCAGCAUUAGCUGAUAGAGCAUGGAUACAAAAACCAGGAUAUUGGGUAAGGAUCAAUUCCUGAGACAAUGACCCAUGGUCAAAAAAACGUGCAAAUUAAUUAUAAUAUAGGAUGUUCAAGAUUUUAGCUUUGAGCUGUGCAUGGCUAGGAAAGGAGUCUGGGGGGCGGAAACACCCAUUUCUCUCUAUUGCAGGUGUAAGCAGGUGGUGCACUGGGAGGAUCCUGAGUUGUCGACAGACACAACUCAAAUACUGCCUGGAAUCGAGGGCAUCCUUUGUCCAACGUGUGGCCUGUGUAUUGGUCUUAACCACGUUCAGGAAUGGAUUCCCAUAAAAGAGUGCUUGCUGGACUCAUCACAGGCAGAUGGAUGGUGUCUUGCCGAAGGCUUAUGGGACCGUGCGAUUCAUUGGAUUCUCUCCCAGUUCAUCUAUCGAACUGUUGAGCCACCCAAUCUUGAAUCAAGAGAAACACUAUUUGAUGUACCUGACCCAACAGAUGUCAUUUAUCUGCUUUGGAUAGGAGGAAAAGCUGCUGGGUUCUGCACUUUGAAACCUACAGGUGCCCAUUUUGAAAGAACAUCAGAAAAAUAUGCCAUGUUUACAAUUGACACUAUAUUUGUCCGCUCUUCAUACAGGAGAAGAGGUCAUGUCAAAACUCUACUUCUGGCACUAUCAGAAUCUCAUAAUGACAUAGGCUUCAGCCAGCCUGUAUCUGACUCUAUGGUGAAAGUUCUCUGGAAGUUUUUAACUGAAAAUAGAGACCACAGACGUAGAUUCUGGGAAAUAAGUGGAGCUGGAAAUGAGGGCUGCCGUAAACUCCUGUGGUAUAUUCUUCGUCACAGGUGUAAAAAUUGGAGUACCUCUCAAGAUAAGACUGCAUUCUAAACUAAAGACUGAAUGGCUUUAUAUACUAGGUAAUAGAAAUUUGAUGCCAAAGAUAAAAUAGAAAGAUAUUUGUUGUAAAUUUUCAAAUGUAUCUGAAUUUUAGGGAUGUAUUAACAAACCAGCACACCAUCUUUUACCCUCCUAGAGAUUAUUUAUUUAAACACAGGAAUAACAGAAAUAGGUAGUGUUUAGCAUAAAAAUGUGUAUAUACAAAUAUGAUAAGUAAAAGUUGCUUUAUUUUUUUA